UGAAAGUUGAGUGAAAAAACGUACAAAACAUUUGUGCCGUUAAUUGACUGCAAAUGAGCGCAAAGUCCACUAAUUUGGCAUUAAUUGCAUUCAUUUGACAGACUGUCGACUCAAUGGUUGAAUGCAAACCACAUUUGUAUCGCAAAUACUGUGCACUCAAUACACGUUAGACACAAACAAUUGGUCACAUGUUGUGAGACACAAACAAACAUUGAUUUUCAUCAACCGUUCAACUCUUAAAUGACCACUAAUUUAGCACUUGAUGUGAGACACAAUCAGUGGUGAACUUAUUAUCAGCAAUGAACUCAUCAGUGGAUGGCUCGUUGGGUGACACCAAAGUGAUCAUCAAGUCUAUAGUGAUCGCCAAUCCAGACGGCGUGUCCCUCAAGAAGCUGUGCAAUGAGUACAAAGAGCUCGAAGGCGAAGAGAUACCGUACCGGAAGUUGGGUUUCGAUAACCUGACAGCGCUGUUGAAGUCGAUGCCCGAUAUGGUGAGGCCGUUGUUCAGCGGCGAUUCAGUGACACUGUAUCCGGUUGUGGACGACACCACCGGUCAUAUCAUCCAAAUGGUCGCACAUCAGAGCAAAAGGAGACUCAAACCCAAAUGUAUGCCUCGCUCGAAGAGUUUUGGUGGCAGACAAAAGACACCAUUGAGGAGAUCAUUGCGGACAUCGUUUGGCAACUCAUCUAAAGCGCCGCUAAGAACCACAACUUCGGUUAAAUCGACGCUUAAGCCAUCAAUUAAGUCAAGACUUGGCGUGAGGGUCGACACAAAGGCACCGCCAAAGCCAUCGCUUAGGACUCCCGUGAAGUCACCGAUCACUACAUCCCAAAAGACACCUCAAAGCGCACCACAACAACGAAAGUUACCAUUAGUUCAACCGUCAAAUAGAGUCCAAAGCUUUACACCAAACAGACCGCAAACUUCAGCACCAAAUCCGCCACAAAAUUCAUUUAAGAGACCACUGAAUACAUCGGAACGAAUGGAUCCGCGAAUAGCGAAGAGAUUGAACGCAAACAAAGACGAGGACCAGAAGACAACCACAAUAACCAUCAGCACUGAUGACAAGACGAGCGCUAAUGUGGCGCCACAACGGCCGACACAGACAGUGACGCCAUCCAAACCCUUCCAUGAGAUGGCCACCGAAGAAGUGGAGGCUUUGGUGAGCGCAGUGCGAGAGACAUCUUCGGUGAUCUCAUCCGUGACCACAGCAUUGGAGAAGUCGAAGAGUGGCAUCGAUUCGCAGCUUUGGUCCAAAAUAUUUUCUGUCGAGAAAGUGACGGAUUUGAAGACACUGUCGACAGACACGACCGGAAUUCGAAGAGUGGCAUCGAUUCGCAGCUUUGUGACGGAUUUGAAGACACUGUCGACAGACACGACCGGAAUGUUGGCGGCGAAGACAUGCCUCCGACAACCCCUCAAAAUUGGCGAAUACUCGCUGAAGAUUAGUGCGAGAAGUGAUAAUCGACUCUUUAUUCCGGACGCCUCUGAGCUGAAGUAUCUUCAUAUGCCGCCCGCCAUCUCUGCCAUUAGUUUAGACCUGAAUCACGGCUACGAAAUGGUUAGUGAUAUCCAUUGGGGAAAGCCUUCCAACGCAAAGAUCGACGAACUCUUGACGUGGAUAUUAAAAAAUCGCAAGAAGUUUAUGGUUAACGGAGAGUUAGUGCCCAAAGAACUGCACACAGACUUUGUUUGCUAUAGAGGAGUGUUGGCAAAGCUGAUGACCACUCCAUACGAGAACUCCGAGCGUUGGGUGAUAUGUGCGACCAAAUACAAGGGAACCAUAUAUUUGUGUCAAUUUCACGAGGAAUACCCGCCGCCAGACGACUACUUCAACAAAAUGAGUUUCGGCGGCUAUAGGUUCGAGCACUACCUCACCAGUUAUGAGCCGCAGUUCCCUCCCGACCCCAACGACUUCGAUCCCGACCGACACGAGUAUUGCGCGGUUAUGCGGACACGAGUGAUGUCUGAGAACACGUCCCACUCUAUGGUAUUCGGCGCUGAAUUGGAUUGUGUUUUGCCGAACGUGAGGGAACAGCCGGGAACUCUGUCCAACUUUGUGGAGCUUAAGACCACUAAAGUAAUGGCCAAAGAGUUUCAAUACAGAAAUUUUCUGAAGUACAAGCUGUUGAAAUGGUGGGCCCAGUCAUAUAUGGUAGGCGUUCCCACUAUUUAUUGCGGUUAUAAGGACGCGAAGAAUAUGGUGAAGGAAGUGGAACCGCUUAAGAUCGACAGCUUUCCCGACCUGUGCGUCGAGUUCUGGUCGGCAAACGUUUGUCUCAAUUUUCUCAACAAGUUUUUGCAUCACUUGAAGGAAAUGGUGACAAUUGAUGACCCGAACGUUGUCUAUCAGUUC